UAGACAGUGAGCAAACUAGACGUGUUUAGCUUUGAGUGGAUAAUCCGAAAAACUUAUAAAUUAUUUCAGAACAUUAUAGUGGCGACGAAUGGAGAAGAUAGUUUAAAAAAAAUAGUGAUAAAAGAACGUUAAAACAUCACAGCGGCAUAAGGUAGCGUGCAGUUUAAUUCUGGCCGUGAGUGAUUUAAAGAAAAAUCAGUUAAAUGGUGUCAGUGGGCUUUAUUAGUUUCAAAAGCAUCUGGCACGUGGUUAACAGUAGUUAGUGGACUAAUUAAUUUUUAUAAGCUGAAAAAAAAAAGAAUUAGUUGGGAUAAUAAAACAGUGACUUUGAUUAAAACGAAGUAGAAUUAGCUAAAACGUGGAAAGUGAUCCUUUAGUAUUCGAAGUUGCGCCAUUUUGUAACCGCCAACUUUAGUUCAACAAUACCUGUAGUUUGGCGGCCAGUAGUGACAUUGUUCGGGAAAUCAUUUUGUUCUGGUGGAAUUAUACGAAGAAUUGCAGCUAAAUAUCAGUGAGCAUUUCUGUUAAAGCACAAUAGAGAGACAAGUAGUGUGAAUGUAUUUGAGGGCCAUCUGAAAGCAGGAAAUGAGAAAGUCUCUAAGUUGAUGUGCGAUUGGUGAGAUAACUAGAGAGCCGCUCUUACUCCGUGGUUUGGUCAGAGAUUGGAGAGGAGAGAGCUUAGCUAACUUGGAGAGGACGACGCUGGAAAAGUGAGCAGCAUUGGAUUGUCGGUAGUGAUAGCAAACUACUGAAUCAACCUCGGUGGACUGUAUUAAAGAGAUAGUAAAGUAAGCCAGCCGGGUCACGUAAGUUGGUUGAUUUUCAUAACGUUUCAUCCGUUUCAGACUGUUGCAUACACUUUAAUUAUGUCUUCUUUGAUCGGUACGGUAGAUCACUAUGUGCGUGGAUCUAGUUUCAGUGAUUACAUGGAGCGAAUGAAUAUUUUAUUUAUUUUGAAUAAUAUUUCGGACAGCAAUAAGAAAAAUCUCUUUAUUACGCUAAGUGGCCCAGUAAUUUUUGAAGAGGUGAAGCUUAUUUUUCCGGGAGCUACCAUUGCAUCAAUCGAUUAUACUCAAAUGGUGAACAAAUUGAAAGAGCGGUUAGAUAAAACAAAACCUAACAUGCUGUAUAGGCAUAAAUUUAAUUCUCGCAUGCAAGGUAUUGAUGAACCUGCGGAAAAUUAUGUUUUAGCUCUCAAGUUGUUGGCAAGCCAGUGUGGUUUCGGUGGGCAUAAAGAUGAAGCUAUUAAGGAUAAGAUUAUUUUCGGGAUGAGGGAUGAAGAGUUAAAACAUACUUUAUUAAUGAAGGAUAACAUGAAGUUGGAAGAGGUUGAGGAAUUGGUUGUACGCACAGAAUUGGCGAAGCUCAGAGCAAAAGAGGUAAAAGAGCGGGAUGAUGAACAUAGGAGUGUAAACUCUGUCAAAUAUCGUUUAGGUAAUAGAGCUGGCGAUAGAGCAAUGCGGAAUGAUAGUGGUAGACCAGUUACAAAUGGAUAUGGCAUGCGGUAUCGUAGUCGUAGUAGAUCCCCAGAUAGAGAAUACAAACGGUUUGCUAGUAGCAUGUAUGGUCGCAGGCUUGACAAUAGAACGAGAAGGGACUAUCCGGAGAACCGUGGUUACAGAUCAGAAAAUCCGCAUGCUAAUGUUAUUUGCAAUUAUUGCAAAAAGAGGGGUCAUGUGAAACGAAAUUGUUUCAAGCUUACACAUCGUCGUACGGUCAAUUUUGUAGAAAAAGAAGAAGAAGAAGAAACCGAAGAGCAAAUUGAAACUUAUGAUUUUAAGCGGUUAAAUAUCAGAGACUCGGAAGAAGAGGAACAUGAUUAUCCAUGCAUGAUGAUUUCGGCAGGAAGAAGACAUAAUGAGCCGUGUCUUGUAGAAGUGAUGAUUGAAAAUAACAGAAUAAAAAUGGAAAUUGAUUGUGGGUCGGCAGUCACAGUAAUAAGUUUGGCGAUGUAUAGAAAGCAUUUUGCCCAUAUUCAGGUAGCUUAUUGUACCAGUAGAUUAGUGGUAGUCAACGGGCAGCAGUUGAACAUUUUUGGCAAAAUAUUUGUCAAUGUAAAUGUUAACAAUAUACAGCAUCUAGUUCAUCUUAUUGUUCUCGACGAUAUGCGCAGUUUCGUUCCGCUAUUUGGUAGGAAUUGGUUAGAUCUUUUCUACCCAGGAUGGAGAAAUGUUUUUGGAAGCUCCGUAGCUGUUAACAAGUUGAACGACGAUCAGCAAUCAUUCACCAUGGGGUUUGAGGCGGAUCUUGUCCUUAAAGAAGAGAGACCGGUGUUUCGAAAAGCCUACGAGGUGCCCUUCAAACUGAAGGAUAAAGUCAUUGAGCACUUGGAGUCUUUGGAAAGACAGAAUAUUAUAACACCAAUUCAGAUACAACAUCAAGGCUCACAGAAAUCAACUACGCAUCAUUCCAUUACGACCAACGGGGACAAAAAUUCAUGUGCCGAUUCAGCGAGAAAAACGAUCCAGGAAAACAAGCGAUUCGGAUGAAGAGUUCUAUGGAUUUCCAGAUACCCCUGCAGUGCCGACAGAUAUUGAUGAUGCUUACAGACGUACCAAAACCGUGCGGCUUAGUCCAAUUGCAACGAGGAGUCACACUAGAUCAAAGCGAAAUAAUGAUUAAUCAGCAGCAAUUCAAAAGAAUUCUCAGCAGCAAUGAGGCAUAUUGUGUGCCAUCAUUGGGUCCUAGGAUUCAAUCGAAAGAAGAAGAAAAAGUGUGACGAUGGAAGUGAAAUAUAAUAGAGAAAUGAAAACUUUCAAGUUCGAUUUUGAAGUUUGAUAAUAAGUAGUAAAUUUCCAGAAUUAGAUUAAGAUUAUUUCAUGUUUUGCCAUGAAUUCGAAAAUUUGGUAUUAUUUUGCGAACUUAAUUCGAAUAAAGUGAAUGUCAUGAUAGGGUACUAUACCAAUUCAGAAAUUAAAUUAAUUAAGGAUAUUUACAUUUUAAAUAUGUGAACUGAUUACAUGUAACACAUCAUUAUAUUGAAAUCUUCAGGGGAAAGAACUGUAGUGUUCCAUCGAACAAGUGCAACCCUGUUACCUUUUUUAUAAGUGUUAUACGCAGCCUAGAGAGUUGAAUAAAGGGAUCGAAGUGUGUCUUUCGAUUGUAG